AUGUCAAUAUUAGAAGAUAGAGUUGAUGUCAAAGACAUCAAGGUUGAAAGGAUCGAGGAAGAUCGUAAAGAUCCGACUACCUUCCUACCAGAAGAACCAAUGACAUAUGAAAUAAAAACUAAAAAGAAAAAAAGGAAAAAAAUACAAGAAGAUCCCUUUAAAGAUAUAGAAGAAAAGAUACCGUUAACAACGGUAACCGUGUAUGAUCCGAUUACAGAAGUUAAUACAGAAACGAUAUUAGAUCCAGAAGUCAAUAUAAAGGUUGAAAAUAUAGAAGUUGAAUUAGAUUUUAACGAUUUUGCUAAUGAUAAUGGUUUAAUGGUAGAGGGACCUCAAAGUGAGGAUAGUCAAGAGCCCGCUGUGAAAAUUGAGGACCAAAAUCACGAGGCCGUAUUAUUGACCUUCGAAAGUAUAAUCCACGACAAAAAUGUUCUAGGAUUUAGCCCAGCGACCGCGCCAGCGACGAAUUACGUCUGCAAGAUAUGUCAUCUAGUCUUUCAAUCCCCAAAAACCCUUAGAAUGCAUCAGAAAAGAAAACACAAAGUGUUCCGCAAAUCAUUUAAGCAUGUAUGCGAUUAUUGCGGUAUGUCCUAUGAACAGAAGAACAGUCUAGUUGCUCAUAUUAAAAGGAAACAUGGACCAAAUUCUGUUCCCGACGAUGGUGAAGAACGAACGUGUGACGUUUGUGCGCUAGUUUUCAAAGGCAUGACGCGAUUGAGAAUGCAUAUGAGACGAAAACAUGGCUCCUUUGAAGAAUCCUUCAAACAUGUCUGCCAGGAAUGUGGACUUACGUACGACAAGUAUAGAAGUCUCAUCGUGCAUAUACAACGGAAACACACAAACGAUAAAAAACCCGUAAUGGAUACGUGGUACAACUGCCCAUUUUGUCCAAAAGUUUUCACGAAAAGGGAAACAUACGCUAGACAUGUCCAAAGAAAACACAGAAUCAGCGACGAAGAUGAAAUGAAACACGAAAAUCGUGAUCUAGAAAAUUAUAAGAACGAAGCUACUGGGGAAGUUACUUGUAAAGAAUGUCCAUUAGUGUUUUCAUCGAUGACAUUUCUGAAACUACACAUGAGAAGGAAACACAACGCUUUGAAAGAAGACUUUAGAUUAAAAUGCAAGAUAUGUAACUUGUCUUACGACAAAAUAGAAAGCUUAAAACGUCACAUACGAAGGAAACACGAUAAGAACUCAUAUUGUGACGUCUGCGAUAAACAGUUUGAGAGUAGAGAAGUUUACCUCACUCACACGCACAAAAGGAUAGUCCAAGAAUGUACUGUUUGCAAUUUAAUAUUCGCAACGCAUCGCGGUCUCUGUAAACAUUUACGGACUACCCACAAAGUGGAACUGCCCAAGACUGUGUUCUGUGAUCUAUGCAACGAAAGUUUCCACGACAAACGACAACUCAAACCUCAUUAUAUGAAAGUACAUUUAAAAGCUUCGUACACAUGCAUCUUCUGUAAGAAGAUAUUCAAAGCGAAAGAGAGUUAUCGUCGACACGUACUUCUAAAGCAUCCGGUUGACGAAAAAACAUGUUCGCAGAAAUGCGAUCAAUGCACAGAGAGUUUUGCUGACGAAUUCGAAUUAUGCAAACAUAUUAACAUGGCGCACAGACAGGAAAAUUCCGAAAUAGGCCCAUUAACUUUGAUAGACAUCAAAAAAGAAGAAGUUGACAUACCAGAAACCUUCCAUUGCACAAAAUGUUCUAACACAUACAAAAACUGGAAUGAUUUAAAAUCUCAUUACGAACAGAGUCACAUAUCCGUGACAGAAACCCAGUGUCAAAUAUGCGGGGAAUUGGUGCCGGGGAACGAAUUACAGAAGCACAUUAAAACUACCCACACAGACACAUCAGUGAGAUGCAAGUACUGCGAAUUCGUUACAAACAAUCGAGCUAGCAUGACACAACAUAUGCUACGACAUAAAAAUGCUACCACAAUACACUGUGAUUACAACAAUUGUAAAUAUAAAACUUUCUACGAGGGUGCAAUGGAGAAACAUAAGCGUAGGCAUAGAGAUCAGGGCGUUAAACUGCAAUGUUCUCAAUGUCCUUUCCAAACUAUGGGCAAAUAUAUAUUGAAGUACCACGAGGAAGCUCAUAGUACAGGCAAAAAACGAUAUUCUUGCGACCAAUGUGAUUACGCCACUAUAUUGCCGGCUAAUCUAGUGCAGCACAGAUACAAACAUUCCUCGGAGAAAAGAUUCAAGUGUGAAGUCUGCCCUUUCGCUACAAAGUACAAUACGUCGUUGCGUUUCCACGUUAAAAAGAAACAUUGUGAUCUCCCGACAUUCAGUUAA